GCGAGAUGGCCUCUGAGUUGAUCCUGAAGUUCUUCCCCCUGGGUCUCCCUGAGGAGCUCAGCCGUGCGUUGUUGGAGAGGGCUCAGGUGCUCCUGUGCAGCCCACGUGUGCAGGAGGCGCAGACAGGGGCACUCCUCACCAAGGUCCUCCUUCAAAAGUCCCAGGACAUCUCCGUGGUGUUACAAGAGGGAUACCACCUGGCUGCUGGGUCCAGAAGUCCCCCGGAGGUGAAGAUGGCGGCUAUGGUCCAGUACCUGCUUGGGGAGCUGGAACUCCAUUACCUGACUGCUCGGACAGACAUGCUGCUUGCUGCUAGGACCAGGCCCAUUCAUGGUAUCCUCUCCGCAUUGCAGAGAUGCCUUCUGGAGAGUCCACGUGCCUCACUUCCACUGCAGGGGGCAGCAUUGAGCCAAAAUGUGAUGGCCACCAUACUGAGUUUGCUUGAGAAAAUUACCCACCUUUUACUAGGCAUCCUGUAUGGGGACAAGGCUGACUGUAGAGAGGAGGAAGAGGCUCCACCUUCCUUCUGCGCCAUGGGAAACGCCAUCCGGACUGUGAUCGCCCAGGGCAGCGGGCAGGAGGAUGAGGGGCAGGGGGAGGAGUGCGUUCUGCUGUCGGAGGAGCACAGCCUGGUGCUCACCUGCUGCUGGGUCUCCUUCAAGGAAAUUGGGAUUUUCUUGGGCGGCCUGGUUGAGGUGGUUUUGGUAGAAAGCCGGGGAGGAGAGCGCCCCCUGAGUACUGAGGACCUGAAAAGGGUGGCAAAGAUAUUCCGAGACAUCUUGCUGAAAUGUCGCCACUGG